AUGGCUAUUGGCAACAUCUACUUCAUCGCGGCCAUCGCCGUCAUCGGCGGUGGUCUCUUCGGUUUUGAUAUCUCGUCCAUGUCCGCUAUCAUCAGCUCAAGAGCCUACCUAUGCUAUUUCCACCAGGGCCCCAUUGAGUUCGAUGAGGAUGGUCUGCAACAGUGCAACGGGCCUUCCGCCGAUGUCCAGGGUGGUAUUACCGCUGCCAUGCCUGGAGGCUCCUGGCUUGGAGCCUUGGUUUCGGGUUUCCUUUCUGAUAAGUUUGGUCGUCGGACUUCCAUCAUGAUUGGCUCUGUUAUCUGGUGCAUCGGUUCUAUCAUUGUUUGCGCUUCUCAGAACAUCCCCAUGCUCGUCGUCGGUCGUAUAAUCAACGGGUUCAGCGUUGGUAUCUGUUCGGCCCAGGUCCCCGUGUACAUCACCGAGUUGGCUCCUCCCACCAAGCGCGGCCGUUUAGUCGGUCUCCAGCAGUGGGCCAUCACCUGGGGUAUCUUGAUCAUGUUCUAUAUCUCAUACGGAACAAGCUACAUCAACGGCGCUGCUGCAUUCCGUAUUCCUUGGGGUCUACAAAUGAUCCCUGCCAUUCUGCUAUUCAUCGGAAUGAUCUUCUUGCCUGAAUCACCCCGUUGGUUGGCUCGCAAGGACCGAUGGGAGGACUGUCUCGCUGUCUUGACACUUGUACAUGGCAAGGGCGACCCGAAUUCGCCAUUUGUUCUGCGCGAGUACGAGGAAAUCAAGGGCAUGUGCGAAUUUGAGCGCCACAACUCGGACGUCUCCUACCUCGAGCUCAUCAAGCCUGGCAUGAUUAACCGCACUCACAUCGGUAUUUUCACUCAAAUCUGGUCGCAGCUAACGGGAAUGAAUGUAAUGAUGUACUACAUCGUUUACUGCUUCGCCAUGGCCGGUUUGGAGGGCGAUAAUCUGCUUGUAUCGUCGAGCAUCCAGUAUAUCAUCAACGUGGUUAUGACAGUCCCCGCAAUUAUCUGGGUCGAUAAAUGGGGUCGCAGACCCACUCUAAUGCUUGGCGCCCUUGGUAUGCUCGCGUUCCUAUUCGCCAACGCCGGCCUCAUGGCAAGCUAUGGCCAUGCAGCACCGCCGGGUGGUCUGGAGGGUAUUGAGGCUCAAUCCUGGAUCAUCCGUGGCCCACCAUCCAAGGCUGUCAUUGCCUGCACUUACCUCUUCGUCGCUUCCUAUGCCAUCACUUGGGGCCCAGUCUCCUGGGUGUACCCUCCGGAGCUCUUCCCGCUUCGUGUUCGUGGCAAGGCCAAUGCGCUCUGCACCUCUUCCAACUGGGCCUUCAACUUUGCCCUGAGUUAUUUCGUCCCUCCGGCAUUUGUCAACGUACAGUGGAGAGUUUACAUUAUCUUCGGUGUCUUCUGCACGGCUAUGUUCCUGCACGUCUUUUUCAUGUUCCCCGAGACAGCCGGGAAGACGCUUGAAGAUGUAGAGGGCAUAUUCACAAACCCUAACGGGAUCCGAUACAUCGGUAUUCCUGCUUGGAAGACCAAGAACGAGCGAGGCCGUGCUGCCAUGCUUGAACAGACCGGAUAUGACGGGGAUGAGGAGAAGAGAGUUGAGGCCAGUGCGCACUACGAGGCUCCCACCACGUUGCCUGCCCAAUAA